AUGCCAGGAACCCGGGGCCCGGUGCCCGUGCCGCUCGAGACGCAGAACCGAAAUCUCACGCAGGAAAUUCUCGAUUUGCUCGACACGAAAGAGACGCUGCAGACGAAUGAUGACUUCCCCACCAUACCACAGGCUGAAAUAAAGGCUGCGCUGGACAGGCUAGCGAGCCGGUCUAUGGUCGAAUACAAGUCGCUAAACUCGGAUAAGGUCACUUUGACACCCGAGUCAGAAGCUAUCGUCGAGACUGGCAGCCACGAGUUCAAGGUCUGGAAAGCGAUCAAAGAGGCGGGGAAGGUCUCGAUCAAGGAAUUACCUAACAUCGUCGGCGCGCAAUCAGCGAGCGUGGGAGUAGGUAAUGGCUACAAGAAUAAGUGGAUCAAGAAGGAUGGCGACUCGAUUGUGCUCCUGGUUACAGAGGAGCCCAAGGACACCACUCGGGAGAUGCUCAAGAACAUCCAAGAAACACAGUCCGUGUCCGACGCAAAGCUCCUCGCAGACCUCAAGAAGAAGAAGCUUGCAACAGUCCUCAAAGUCAUCACAUACACCGUUACAAAGGGUCCAAAAUAUGCAAAGGAGAUGCCUGUGGAGCACACCGACUUGACCGUCGACCUUUUGGCAAGCGGUGCGUGGGAGACUGCCAACUUCAAGCCAUACAACUUCGCUGCCCUUGGCUCAAAUCAGGAUGCUGGCGCGUUGCACCCGUUGAACAAGGUCAGGCAAGAAUUCAGGAACAUCUUCUUCUCACAAGGCUUCGUCGAGAUGCCAACAGGACACUUCGUCGACACCGGCUUCUGGAACUUCGAUGCCCUCUUUGUACCGCAACAACAUCCCGCCCGCGACAUGCAAGACACCUUCUUCGUCUCUGACCCUCCUAAAGCCGACAAGCCUCGCGCCGACCCCGCCAACGAGGCCACCAUGGACCGCAUGGAGUCUGGCUCAAAACGCCUCUUCGCAACCGAAGAGAGCGAAAAGCGCGCAAAAAAGCCUCGCGACUUUGAAAAGUACUGGAACGACGUCAAGAAAGUGCACCAAGAAGGCGCCUUCGGCUCCAUAGGCUACCGCUACCAAUGGGCAGAAGACGAGUCACUCCGCCUCGUGCUACGCACACACACCACCGCCGUCUCCACCUGGGCCCUCCACCGCCUCGCAGAAGACCCGCGACCCGCCCGCUACUUCUCCAUCGACCGCGUCUUCCGCAACGAAACCGUCGACGCCACGCAUCUCGCCGAGUUCCACCAGAUCGAAGGCGUGAUUGCAGACUUUGGCCUCACGCUCGGCGGCCUGCAGCGCUUCCUCGAGGACUUCUUCCGCAACAUGGGCAUUGAGAAUCUGCGCUUCAAGCCCGCUUACAACCCUUACACCGAGCCGUCCAUGGAGAUCUUCGGAUACCACAAGGGCCUGAAGAGGUGGUUGGAGAUUGGCAACAGCGGUAUGUUUAGGCCGGAGAUGUUGGAGCCCAUGGGACUGCCGAGGGACAUGCGGGUUUACGGAUUUGGGCUGAGUCUGGAGAGGCCGACUAUGAUGAAGUAUGGAGUCAGCAAUAUCAGGGAGCUGUUAGGGCACAAGGUCGAUUUGAGCUGGAUAAGGGAGCAGCCCGCGGUCAGGUUCGAUAAGGAUUAG